UGAUUGCUCGAACGGUCCGAAAAUCCCACGAAUUCUCCGCAAUCCUCUCCACCUCCUGUACUCUUCCGAUUCUUGGAGGAGACUGUCAAGUCCUCCCCGUCGUGUUCCACCCCAAAUCCCCACAAAUACCCACCCCCAUAACCACAUUAACCACAAAAAACUGGCUAAACCAUUGAAAUACUGUUUGAGACUCCGCAAGGUUAAAAACGUCAUAUGAAAAUGAGUGGAUUAGUCUGGGGAAUUAAGAAUGGCGACCUUGAUCAGGUUCGAGACAUUGUUGAAAACAAGAAUAUCGACGUGAAUCAGAUGAUUGACGGGAGGACACCACUGCAUUACGCAGCUGAUUAUGGACAGAACGAUGUCGUUAGGUAUUUAUUGGAUAAAGGUGCAGAUGCUAACGCAACUGACAAACAUGGAAUUACGACUCUACUAGCGGCAAUAUGGGAGGGUCACACCAAUUGUGUAAAACUGCUCCUGGAAAAAGGUGCCAAUCCAUAUGGUCUAACACCGGAUGGUGUGAGUUACCUGGAGGCUGCUGAAAAGGACGAGAUUAAGACUCUCCUACGUGCAAACGGCGUAGACUAGCGUAAAACCAAAGUAACGUGAGAGCGAGAGAAUGAAUGAGGGAAAAUGAUGAAAUAUUAUUUUGUUACUUUGAUAUGUUAACGUUUCUCGUAAGACAAAUCGCAGAUUAUUGGGAUUUUUAUUGACAGAUGGGGCUUAUUUCGAGUCUCACAAGCCUUCUAAUUGAUUUUCACUCGAAAUUUGAUUGGGAAAUUGGAGAAUUCUGUUGCCAAUAUGAAUAUAACCAAGCAGUUGGCCGUUCCUAACGGUAGAAGACAUAUAAUUGUUACUUCACAUGUUAUUUAUUGAUUUUUAAAUUUUCUUUUACCAUCAAUUUCAUUGAUGAGAAUGAAAUGAGAAUCUGGUAGACUCCAUUCCCCAUUCCCACGACUUAAGCACGAGUUUCAAUUUAUUUUGUAUCACGUAGUUUUAUAUUCAGAUUUCUUUUGAUGCGAAAAUACUGAAUGUCAACUUCACUGCAGUAACUUUCAUCGAUCAUCUUUCAAGAGUUUAAUGCUCCAGUAGAUAUUCUAGCUCCGAAAUUAUAGAGACACGGCCGAAUAUACUUUCUCACUAUCUCAGUACCGAAAUUUCCUCUGGAGAAACAUACUCGAGGAGAUGUUUAAUAACUAUAUUGCCAUCAAUUAGCUUCAACUCGAUUCCAGAAUCCAACAUUUACAAUUGUUGCAAUUGCAUUUUAUUUUCUAUUAAAAAAUUUAAUUGAAUCCAAUUUUAGUCCAAUUCAUGAUAGAGUUGACUCGUCUCCAAGAUGAUUAACGAUGUUUUGCCAAAUUUGUUUAUGUACUCACGAGUGUGAAUUUUUUAAGAGCGAUAAGAUAGUUCUUAAGUGUGUGAUCAAAUAUCUGUGAAAGUAUCCACUAGCAUUUUUCCUCAACUUAAUUUCUUUUUCGUGAAUAUUGUGUUGAGAUUAUUUAUGUGACUCGUGGUCAAUUGUCUGCACUUUUACCGAGUUUUAGUUUCUAUUCCAAGGAUUCAGGAAGUGAAUAGGUACUAAGAAGAUUCUUUCCCGCAUUUGAAUCUGAGAACCGUUCAAUGUCAAAACAAUAACUGCCUAGAAACAUGUUUUCAACGUUUCAUGUCCGUUACGUGGUACAAAUGGUAAAUGGCUCUAUAAUAGUAAAUAAGAGAUCGAACACCUACCUAGUGAAAUAAAGAGACGAGACGAAUAAAAUCCAAAACUGAAUCAUUUACUCAAUGACUUCACGACGAAUCAAAAAACUGAAAAAUUCAAUGCUGAAUCCACUCAAUCUUGUGCCUCGCUUCAUAAUUUUCUCGUCAAUAAAACUUAAACUCAAAAUUAGAAAGGUCAAAGGCAUGCAAUACUGGCGUUGUGAAUGAAUUAUCUUGUAUUUUAGUAAUAAAACAAAAAAAUCAUA